CGAAUAUUGACAGCACAGCAGACAGACAGUGGCGCGGUGGUCGACGCAGCGUCUACCAGACUAUUUUUAUUUUGAAAGUGAAUCGUUUUUAGUGAAUUAAUUAUUUAAAAUUGGAACGCAUCAUAUCGUUAUCAUUAUUACUUUCGUGUGUUACGUGUUUCGGCAAAACACGUUCAUAAUACGUCAAAAUUGUAGUUUUCAGUGCUAACCUUCUUUUUUUCUUAGUGUUUUUGAGAUGCAAGACGUGAUCGAUAUGUGCAAGAUGUACAGAUGACUCUGCUUUAUUCUUUUCAGCGUGUUCUUUUUCUGAUGCGGUGGCGUGGAUAACGUGAGCGGGAUGCAGGGGGGCGGGGCGCCGGCCAACGACGCGGAGCAAGCGCAGUUCGAGGCGGACAAGCGGGCGGUGUACAAACACCCACUAUUUCCUCUCCUCGCGCUACUACUCGAGCGGUGCGAGCAAGCGACUGCUGGCGCAGAGCCGCCAGCAGCAGAUGCUUUUGGCGCCGACCUGCAGGCCUUUGUGCAGCAUCAGAGACGGGACAGGCGGCCGUUUCUCGUGGACGACCCGGAGAUAGAUGGGCUCAUGAUUAAGAGCAUACAGGUGUUAAGGAUUCAUCUCCUAGAAUUAGAGAAAGUGCAGGAGCUAUGUCGGGAUUUCUGCGGUCGGUACAUAGCGUGUUUGAAGACAAAGAUGCAAAGUGAAAAUCUACUAAGGACGGAUUAUACCGCAGGCGGUGUAGAGAGCAACAAUAACCUGUCAGGCCCAAUGGAUGAUCAUUCUAGUACAUCAAAUUCUCCACAAUAUCAGUCCCCCCCCGCGGCCCCGGUCCCGGCGCCGGUGUACCCGGUGUACCCGCACACUGAAGUGCCCUACCCACCGCACAGGGACGCACCAUCUCUCGUAGUGCAAGGUUCGACGCCGAUCAGCCAAAUUGGUGCUGGGUUGUUGUCAAACGACUCUUUUCCUGGGGCGAACUCCAACAACUCUUGUUCUUCAGUGAGCGGCUCCCCUCCCCCCGAGGAGGAGGGGGAGGAGGGGGGGAAACGGGGAGUUCUGCCCAGACACGCUACACAAGUGAUGAGGGCCUGGCUGUUUCAGCAUUUAGUGCACCCAUACCCCACGGAAGAGGAAAAGAGAACGCUAGCCGCGCAGACCCGACUCACGUUACUGCAAGUUAACAAUUGGUUCAUAAACGCAAGACGCCGUAUAUUGCAACCGAUGUUGGAUUGUUCUGAUAAACCUGGUGGUAAGAAGAGCAAAAAUGGUUCGUCCAUCAGCAAGAGGUACUGGCCCGACGCGUUAACAAACCCGCAGUUUACGGCUGGGCUCCUUUCAUCAUCGGAGGAUGAGGAACAAGAUGGUGAACAGUCUGGUGAUGAACAAGAUCCGGCCAAUGAACAGACCAGCGAUUAUACCAUACAGCAGACCAUGCAUUGAGGAUACUGCUCAAGUGACAGUCACGAACAAAAAGACAAUGUGUAUACCAUAGAUAUAAGUUAGAAACAUGUAUACGUACACCAUACCUCACUAUUUUAAUAUUAUUAUAAUUGACUUGUGUUGCCAGAUGACGGACAUUUUAAAUGGAAGCAAGAAAAAAUAAUUAAUUGAGCAUAAAAAAUUGUGCAGUAUUAAAAAAAGUAAUAAAAUUGCAAUUUUAAAAUGUUCGUUUGAACGAUGUAUGUUUUUAAAACAUGUCAGUCAUUUUUGUAUGGCAACACUGGGCUUCUGUCAAUGGAGAAUUCGCGGCAAAGUUUUAUAAUGACGAUGAAGGAGCGAUUUGAAAAGUCAUUAAAAAAAGACGUGUGUCACUCGGGGACUGGGGCGGUUGCGCUAUUGCAUGCUAUGCCUUCAAGCCACACCUCCGCCCGUCCCCGUGGGGAGCGUGAGGUUUUUUCGUUACGGAAUUUCUCGAUUUGGUCCCCGCGCUCAAGGCCCGCGAUAGAAGCUAUGCAAUAUUGAAAUUAUUGUAAUAGGUAUUCUAACUUAUUGUUAAAGUAUUUUGCUUUUUAUUCCACAAUUAAUUAGUAUUUGCCUUCAUGCAAUUUCAGUUUGUCACAUUGACAGCUAAAAACCAGUGUUGCCAUAACUACCGAUAAACUAUAAUUAAAAAAAAAAGAUUCAAUAAUGCUUUUCGUCAUGCAUCGUCAAUUUUAACGCCGGUUGUGAAUUUUCAUAGUUUCAAAUCAGAUCAAAUCAAAUCUUGACUUGAUUUGAUUUGAUUUGAUUCAUAGUUUAGUUUCUUCCACGUGUUUUCGACUGAAAAAUGAAAUAGAUAUAGGAUAAUUUUUACCACAGACCUAGAUAAAACCGUCCAUAGACAAAUCAUAUUUAUUUGUACAAAUAAGUUUAUUAUAUACUCAAUUUUUUUCAAACAGCCAUACUAGGUAGUAUUAGGUAAUGGUUAACCAUAAUAUACGAUUGAAUAUACGAAAUGAUGUAUACCCAAAUGAUUCGAUUGUAUACGUUUGAGAAAUAAGAAUAUCGGAAAAUUUUAAAUUUAGUAUUCAAUUUUAAAAGUAUCAUGACAGUAUUUGAACGAUGUUCAAGUAUUUUUAGCUGGUAACUUUAAGAUUCUUCAUGUAUAAAUGACGUUAUUGAGGCAAUAAUAUAGUUUUUUUUCUUUGUAAAUGUUUGGCGCGUAACUACAUAAUAUUUCCAAAAUUAUAUCCUGAUAUAAUUUUAAUUAAUCAACCCCUGGGUUGAU